GACUGUGAGGCAGUUGGUCAUGGCGACGGCCGGUGACAGCACUUUGUUCUUCCCGGCCUCCGGGUAUCCCUUCAGGUCUUAUGCUCUAAACUGUGCGGAGGGGAAGAGCGCAGGUGGUCUCUGACCUGCCACUAUGGGGGAGGGGAGAGGCGACAGCUUUGACUGUGUGAGCUUGGAGCGCCUCAAACUUCAGCUGCUGGAAGAAAUCCACAGGAAGGAUGUAGUGCAACUCUCAGUGGUUGAAAUAAAACACAGGAUAGCAGAACUGGAAACCAAACUCAAUGCUGACAAUGAAGGUAGUGAAUGGAAAACUCGCUACGAGGCACAGCUUGAAUUGAAUGAUCAACUAGAAAAACAAAUUAUGUCUCUGGAAGAGAAAAGGAAAAGAAUCCGUGGAAAUCCUUCAGAUAGACUAUCUUCUAUUCGUGUUUAUGAGCAAAUGUCAGUGGACCAUCUACAUUCCUCUUCCCCAGACCUCUCUGCUCCCAGUCAUCAGGAAUCCUUAAAUACAUUACUUAAACAACUAGAAAAAGAAAAAAGGAGUCUUGAAAGUCAAGUGAAAGACUACGCACUUAGACUGGAACAAGAGUCAAAGGUUUACCAGAGGACCAACAAAGAACGGCGUACAUACCUAGCUGAAAUGUCUCGGGGAUCUGGCUCACAUCAAGUUUCUAAAAGGCAACAGAUAGAACAAUUGCCUAGAAUGAAAGAGAAUCUGGUGAAAGCGGGAAGACACAAUCCAGUUAAUCAGAAGAUUGUGAAUGCUAAGAGAGGAACAGUGAAAAAGAUGACAAGAUCAAAUCAUCUUCCAAACUUCAGUGAUUUCAGAACAGCAUAGAUUUCAAUUUUUUCCUUCUCUUUCUUUUUUCAUGAACAAUAUUCACCUUGUGAAGUUAAUGUUCAAUGUAUUAUUCAGAGAAUGAAAUAGAUAAGAAAGAGCUACCAAACUUCUUUUUAGUUCUUACAGAAAUUUACUCCUUUGUCUGCAGGAAUGGAAUUUUCAAUAUUAAUCCUAAAAUAUCUAAUAGAAGUGCUUGUGAUUUUAAAAAUAUAUAUUAGGAAACUUGAAGGUUGGCAUCAUUACACUUGCUUUUAAUAAUAUAUUCAUGAUUUUCUCUAAUAGUAACAUUACUAUUAUAUUUGGUUUCUAGUUGGCUUCUAGCUAAAAAUGUGAGUUUAUAAAAAGGUUUGCACUUGGGCCAGGGACUUAGCUCAGUGGUUCCACCGCCUGCCUUGCAAGCUAAGGACCUGAGUUCAAUCCCCGGUACCAAAAAAAAAAAAGGUUUGCACUUUUUUUUAGCCUAUAUCAUGCUCAGCUGUUUAAAUUUAAAGCUCAAACAAAACUUCAAAGCAAACAUUUAUUAAAUUUUGAUUGAAAUAUCAUUGUGUUAUGGGAACAACCUUCAGUCAUGAAUCAGCUGUUAAUAUUUCCCACUUUGCCAUAAACUUAGGUGAUCUUAGGCAAAUUCCUUCACUUUGUCUUCAUUCUUCACACCUAUAAAAUGACAAAGGCAAAGUAUAUAAUUUCUAAGUUUUCUUAUCAUUUUAGAAAGCCAAUAUUUAUUCAGUCACAUGGUCCUGCCACUGAGUACUUGAUGAUUUACAUUAUUUUAUAAUUAAUUCAUAAUGAUGUAGUUUUUACAAGGGUCACAAUACUCAAGUGUAGAUAUAGAGACAGAAUUAGGACAAAAGUAUUUUUGAGGAUCUAUAAAAUUUACUAGAUAUUCUUAUUCAUGUUUAGACUGUUUUUUGUCAUUUAGACAGUUUUUGUAACUAUAACCUUGGUUUGGAAUAUAUCUAUUUCUAUAUAUAUCAUAUUUGUCCAUGUUAAAAAGUGAAAUUAUUGGAGUUUAUAUUUCCAGAAGUCACACAGAGAUAAUAGCUUUUAGCUAAUGGUGUUUUUACCUAUAUCUAGAACUAAACCUAAAUUUCAUUCAGUAAUGAAUACCAGCAAUGAAACCAGUGAUGAAUACCAAAUGCAUUUCUAUAACUACAGUACCUCUAUAGAUACUUCUUUAAGGAAGAAUGCAUACAUUUCAUAUAGUCAAAUAAUUCUUUAUGUGACUUUAGAAUAUAAUAUAGAAAAAUAUAAAGCAGCUUCCUUUAAGUUAUUCUGCACUGGGACUAUUUGGAAAUAUGUUCCCUGUUCUUAAACUAACUAGAGAUAUCAGGUACCAUGCCCCAUAUUACUAGACAAAUAUCAAAUUUUCAUGUCUUAUACCAGGUUUCCUAGCAUUAGCAGCAAAUUGAUAAUUUAAGUAUUAUAGCAAUUACAAUUAUUAAUGAAAAACAAAUGUUUAUGUCUUUUAUAAAGAGAUAAGCUAUUGUGGAAACUAGAUUGAGGAAUAUUUAUCUCAAUUACUAGGAUGGUACAUUAGUUGAACAUCUUAUCAUAGGAAUUCUUCCACAUGUUAACUCUGCUGGAACUAUUUUGGGUGUCAGCUUUUUUAUUUUUUAUAAUUUUUGAGACAAGAUCUCAUUAAGUUAUUCAGUUUCCCAGGCUAGGCUUGAACUUGUGAUCCUCUUGCCUCAAGAAUUACUAUUUAUUAAAAAUAAGUGUUCAUGCCUGUAAUCCCAGCAUUUAGAGAAGCUGAGGCAGGAGGACUGCAAGCUUAAAUUUGACCAGGGCAACUUAGCAACACCUUGUCUCAAAUUUUAAAAACAUUUUUAAAAGGGCUAUGAAUGUAGUUCAGUAGCAGAGCAUCCCUAGGUUCAGUCCAUAGAAUGGCAAAACAAAAAAUUACUAGAACAAAAUAAAAAAUACGAUAAUAAUGUGUAUUGACAAGGAUAUGGAGAAAUUGAAAUCCUCAUAUGUUGCUGGUGGGGAUGUAAAAUGAUACUGCCAUUUUGGAAAACUGUAAGUUCCUCAAAUGGUUAAAAUAGAAUAACAAUAUGAACCAGCCCUUCUACUCCUAUGUACAUAUGUGAGAGAAAUGGAAAAGUAGAUCUGCAUAAAAAUGUGUACAACAAUUCAUAACAACCAAAGAGAGAAAACAACCUAAAUGUUCACGAGGGAUAAAAUGGUAUAUCCACAAAAAUGGAGAUUAUUUUUAAAAAAGAAUGAAGUACUGUUAUUUGGUGUAACUUGGGUAAUCCUUGAAAACAUUAUCCCAAGAAUCCAAGGACAAGACAUCAUAGUAUAUAAUGCCACUUACAUGAACUGUUUACAAUAGGCAAAUCCACACAGAUGGAAAGUAGUUUAGGAAUUGCCUGGGGCUGGGGGGAGUGUUGAUUGUAGGGAAGACUGUUAAUGGGUACAGGGUUUUUGUUUGAGGGUAUUGAAAGUGUUCUCAAAUUGAUUGUGAUAACAGUUGCUCAACUGUGAAUAUACUGAAAAUCAAUGAAUUGUAUGGUUUAAAUAGGUUAAUUGUAUUCUUUGUGAUUUAUGCAUCAAUAAAGCUGUUAUAAA